AUGGAGAAUAACGAUUUCGAUUUUACUGGAAUAUUUCCAAAUUGCACAGACAAUUUUUUAUGGGAUAUAUAUCAGAAUAGAAGCAGAAGUACACAACAAGAAUUUACUAAAUUGUGUAGUACUUUCAAAAAUGAUGUAACAAAUAGUGAUUCUAAAAUUCAUAAUUUUGUUCAAUAUUGCCAAGUUCUUGGUUUAUAUUUAGAGCACAUAUAUAAUAAAGGAUUAACGUUGAAACCAAAUUCAUGUUGUAAAUUAUUCUAUUAUAAACUCAAAAAAGAUAUAAUAGAUAAAUUUGCGUUAAAAUGUACUUACGCUAAUAAUGAUUGCUAUAAUAAAAUGAUUCAAAAGGCAGGAGUGAAUAUUAGUUCAAAGAUAUUAGGUAUAUGUAAGGAUCAUUUUGUCGAUAUAGAUAAUAACACAUCUGCACUUUUGGAUUAUCUGUUUGAAAUAUAUAAGGAUAUUAAUCUCUUUAGUACAGAGCCACUUCAGAGGACCACUAAUAAUGUGAGUCCUUUUACAAAGAAAAUAGACAAAUUAGAAGAAUAUUCUCGUAAGAAUAAAAUCCGACUUAAUGCAGUACUCGAAAAUAUUAUUCAAAUAUGUGUAAAGUAUAACAAUGAUUGGAAGUAUCGUGAACCUGAAAAGCAUUCCUUAUAUUAUAUAUCUGAUAAAUGGAUAAAUAAAUUAAGAAUGAAAAUCAAUGGUACUUAUGCAGAAAUAACAGGGAAUGAAAAGGGACACACAGAAAAUUUUCAAACAAAAGCACUAGAAGCUGAAACUUUGAUGAGCACUGGAACAUAUGGCGAAACAAGUACAGGAAUAAGUGUUGGAAUGAUUUUUAUAAGUUUUUCGAUAUUAAUAAUAAUGUUUAUUUUGUAUAAGUAUACAACUUAUUUUUCAUUUUUAAAACCAAGAGUACGUAGAUUAAGAAUACGGUUGAAUAAAAAUAACAGAAAUAAUAUGGAUUUUAUAUAUUCAUUUGAUUUUAAAAACAAAAAUUCACUUGAUGGUAAAUAUGAAAUAUCAUAUAGUUAA